GGGAUGCUAGAGAAUUUUUAUUAUUAUUCAUAUUCCAGAGACCAAUCAUCAGGAAACAUGGGUAAGUGGUCAUCAGAAGAGCUCGCUUGCAUCACCGGCAUCUUCGCCAAGAUGGACUAUGAAGAUGUCGGGCCCAAGGCUCUGCAAAGAUGUCUGAUCGUGUACCCUUGGACCCAGCGUUACUUUGCCACGUUUGGAAACCUGUACAAUGCGGAAGCCAUCAUCGGGAACGCAAAAGUCGCUGCCCAUGGCAUCAAGGUGCUGCACGGUCUGGAUAUUGCCCUGAAGAACAUGGACGACAUCAAGGGUGCCUAUGCCUCCCUCAGUGUGAUGCACUCUGAGAAACUGCAUGUUGAUCCAGACAACUUCAGGCUUCUGGGAGACUGCCUUACCGUCGUUAUUGCCGCUAAGAUGGGACCCGCUUUCACUGCCACCGUGCAGGGGCACUGGCAGAAGUUCUUGCAGUCUGUGGUGUCAGCCCUGUGCAGACAGUACCACUAGAGCCUACAUGCAUCAGGAUACAGAUACUUCUAAAUGAUAAACUCUUAAAUAAAGAACUGAAAAUGUAUUAAACCUAA